CAUUACACAGCACAGCUUCCAUACACACACACCAUCAAUUCUGAAAUUAAUCCCUAACUCCUCGAACAUCUCACGCAUUCGCAGAUUGGUAAACCACAUUUGUCUCACCUCUUGCUCCUCCACCACACCAAUUGUCAUCACCGUCGCCUCUAUUAGCCUUGCCAGUCACCGCCGCAUCUUCUCCGCUCGCCGAUUUGGUUGAACAUCGGCUGCAAUUGUUGUGAUCAUUGAGCUGCCAAUGGUUGUUAGAAGCCACUAGGUCUCCUGUUAGAUUAACAUUGUUGCUCACUGCAGAGGCUGAUAAUUCGCUGUUGUGAAGGUGUUUGUUGGUGAUGUUAGGGUAUGGCUAGAAUCAGAGAUAGAACUGAAGAUUUUAAAGAUGCUGUGCACCGAACAGCUUUAUCUCUGGGUUAUAAUGAGGCCAAACUGGCAGCCAUAUUGGCGUCUUUCAUUAUGCACAAACCUCGGCAAAGGUCAUCUUUUACCAAAGCUGCACUGAAGACGCUUGAAAGCAUAGAAACUUUGGACCAGUUCUUGAUGAAGCAUAAGAAGGAUUACAUAGACCUGCACCGCACCACUGAACAGGAGAGAGAUAGCAUUGAGCAUGAAGUUACAAUUUUUGUUAAAGCGUGCAAAGAACAAAUAGAUAUUCUAAAAACUAGUAUAAAUGAUGAAGAAUCAAAUUCGAAGGGAUGGCUUGGCAUUAAGGGUGACCAUUCUAAUGUUGAUACCAUUGCACACAAACAUGGAGUGGUAUGAAUACUUCUUUUUCUGUGUGUU